UUUAAUUCAUUUAGCAAUUCUCAAGACAAUUUGGUCUAAACUUCCUUUUCAAUGAAACUGACAACAUUUUAUUGGUAGGUAAUCAAUUGCCGUGUGCAACAGAGUGCUUUAAAACUAAUCUAUCCAUGGCUGAGACCAAAUCUGAAAUAGAGAUGUCGGAGGAGGAGAGGAAGAUCGUAAAGAUGUGUUCACUGAAGAAGAAAGCCAUAAGCGCAUCAAACAGAUUCAAGAACUCAUUCAAGAAAAAGGGUCGAAGAAGCACCAGCAGAGUUAUGUCCGUACCGAUUGAGGACGACAUCGAUGCAGAAGAUCUUCAAGCUCUUGAUGCUUUUCGUCAAGCUCUUGUCCUGGACGAGCUCUUACCUUCCAAACUAGAUGAUCUCCAUAUGAUGCUUCGAUUCCUGAGGGCAAGAAAGUUUGACAUUGAGAAAGCUAAGCAAAUGUGGGCUGACAUGAUUCAAUGGAGAAAAGAUUUUGGCGCUGACACAAUCAUUGAGGAUUUUGAGUUCGAAGAGAUCGAUGAUGUCAUGAAGCAUUACCCUCAAGGCUAUCAUGGAGUCGACAAAGAAGGCAGGCCGGUUUACAUUGAGAGGUUAGGUCAAAUCGAUGCUAACAAGUUGCUUCAAGUAACAACGAUGGACCGUUACGUGAAAUAUCAUGUUAAAGAGUUCGAGAAAACUUUCAAGAUCAAGUUCCCUGCUUGUUCUGUCGCUGCCAAUAAGCACAUUGAUCAGAGCACAACAAUCCUUGAUGUCCAAGGCGUGGGUCUUAAGAACUUCAGCAAGUCCGCGAGAGAGCUUCUUCAAAGGCUUUGCAAGAUUGACAAUGAAAAUUAUCCUGAGACGUUGAACCGAAUGUUUAUCAUCAAUGCGGGUUCUGGGUUCCGGCUAUUGUGGAGCACAGUUAAGUCGUUUCUUGAUCCCAAGACUACGGCAAAGAUUCAUGUUCUUGGGAACAAAUAUCAUAGCAAACUGCUUGAAGUCAUCGAUGCUAGUGAGUUGCCAGAGUUCUUUGGAGGCGCUUGCACUUGUGAAGACAAAGGAGGUUGUAUGCGCUCGGACAAAGGUCCAUGGAAUGAUCCUGAAGUUCUCAAGAUGGCUAUAAACAAGGAAGCAAAAUGCUCACCAAUUUCAGAAGAUGAACACAAGCAUGUUGACCAAGGAAGAUCAACUUCAGUUCCGGAAAGUCUUGAGAGAAACAAUAAGAAAAGGGAUGAAGACAAUGCACAUGAGAAGCAAAUUGCAACCAUUGACAAGUCUAUGGAUACGGCAUGGCCUGUAAAGACUCAGAAAUCCGAAAGCUUUAAAGUCUCUAAAGUUCCUGUAGGGCUAGAGUGUUACGUGAGGAAGGGGGCACCAAAGAAAAGGGAUGGGUUACUUGUGGGAGGGGUCAUGGCCUUUGUGAUGGGAAUUGUUGCAAUGGUUAGACUAUCUAAAGACGUUCCACGCAAACUCACUGAGGCUGCUUUAUAUGGAAACUCAGUUUGUUAUGAGGAAUCUCUGUCUAAGCAAAACAAAGCUCAAUUUGCAGCACCAGUCUCAAGCUCUGAGUAUAUGUUGAUGGUGAAACGCAUGGCUGAGCUGGAAGACAAGUGCAUGUUCCUUGAUUUGAAACCGGCUAAUGUCGAUUCUGAAAAAGAGGAGAAACUUCAGGCUGCGCUUAACCGUGUUCAAGUGCUUGAGCAAGAAUUGACUGAGACCAAGAAGGCUUUGGAGGAGGCCCUUGUGAGCCAGAAGGAGAUUUUGGCAUACAUUGAGAAAAAGAAAAAGAAGAAGAAGCUGUUUUUCGGCUUCUGAAUGUGCAAAACGAAAGGGGAUGAGAUCAUGAAACAAGAAGCUGAAUCAGAGAGAGUUUGUGAUUUUGUUUUUCAGUUGAGGAAUAUAUUCAUGUUAAAGCAUCUGACUUGUACAAUUAUUUGAAGUGGAAUACUAUUUGUGCUUUUUGCUUGUCACAUUGUUUGUGUGUGUGUUUUUCAGUUUCUCUAUUAAGUAUUUGUUGUUUUAUCAACGAGUUACAUGAUAACCUACGUUUGAUUGUAUAUGUAUUAUUAACCGUUUGUAUUAACAUCUGUGAAUUGAAAUGAUGGAGCUUUGGAUUGUUA